AUGGCAUCGUCGCAACAUAUGAAAGAAUUUCAAUCCUUCAUCAAUUCACGGAAACCGCCGUCAACAGCUCAGCAUUCGCGUCCUCCAAGUAUCUUGGCAUCCGACGCCACUAGCGACGAAAGGCAUGCACGGUACGAAGAUCUAUCGGACUCGUCCAGUUCUUCAGGCCAUGGCAAUACAUCUCGCGACCCUGAGCGGGGUGUCCGAUGGGCCGUCCCGAGCACUCCAACGGAGUAUUCGGAUGAGCGAAUAGAAGACAGCGACGUCUUUUUCGUGACUCAGAAACUGCAGACACUGAUCAAUGAAAUACGCGUCAAGGCAGGAUUUAUUCCGCUGAUGAAUACUUUGCCAAACAAGAAGCCCGUUUCUAUCCGGUUCGACUCAUCGUUCAUGCCUUUGUUGCUCAUUUUUCCACAGCUCAACUUGGCUCUGGGCGGAACCGAUAUAGACGAUGACACCAAAGAGAACAUUGAACACCUCAUGGACUGGGUUUUCACCACGUUGGUGCCGAGUCGCGACUUUGACAGACCACACUCGCUUAAAAUUGCCGUCGGAGAACAGGGAAAGAUGCUGAAAACCGGGAGAGUGGCUUUCAAAGACCUGCACAAGCUCUUUUUGCCGGGGGAUUUGAUAUACACCAGGAAUCGAACCGAAAUGGGGAGUCUAGCCUACGAAAAGUGCUGGAUAACCCAGGAAUGCUCCUUCGUCCGUGUUCCAGAUGAGUACGAUGGCGAAGAGCCCAUCGACGUUCAGGUUCUCUCGGUCGUGCCUCUCAAAUCUUUGCCAGCGACUGAGAGGGAUGUAUUGGUCAAGAGACUAACAGCACGAGGAAAAACCUACGCGGAGCUUUGCCAUAAGCCAGCUUCUUCAACUGUUUGGAACUACCACGGCCCAUCUUUGCGAUACUUUAGCGACGAAGAGACAUUUUGUGUGUCAGAUCGCUGGCGUCCAUGGGAUCGAAAGAUCAGCGGAAGAGUUCUUCUUCAUCAGCAUUUGACUCAUAAGUCAAGUCGCAAAGCCCAAACACCCUCCUUGUGUGUGGAGGUUACCGACGAGUUGACCAUCAACAGCUACUUGAUAUGCUCAGGCCGAGUACUCAUCAGAACCAUACCUGAUUUGGUAAGAGAAAGCAUCUUCUGCGACCUCUUGAGACCCAUCAAAUGGAACAGUUCAGCCCUCAAUGCCAAUCACGCCUUGGCCGCAGACAAAAUGCUAGACAUGAUUCGGAACUUCAGCACUGGGGUGGAAUCGACAAACCAAAGCCCUGACACUUCUCCAUCGAAGCGGCUUAUAGUUAUCUUGCGUGGGAGAGAAAGUGAAUUUGAGCAUGUUCUAAAUGGUAACAAUCUUACUUGUCUCCUUGAGUCUUUCGUAUAUCUUAACCAACUCGGGCUAACAGUCCCAUCACGCACAGCCGUGGCAGAAAGUGCCCGGCGCGCAUUCAUCUUUGUAGACAUUCUGGAUCACAUAACUGCCGACCGCCAUCCUCUCUACUCAUUGGCCUUUGUUACACAUCAGGCAGUUUUAUCGUCCGCGGUGUUGGGCCUGCAGAACCUCGGACCGCUCGUCGCAAAGCGAUCAUUUGACCAACCCGACCGGUGUGCACACAUCAAUAAAUGCCGUCAAAUCCUGGAGAAGUUUUCCGGGAUCGCCUUAAUCUGUCUUGGAGACGAGGAUGAGAUGGACCCGUCCUUCGAGCGCCUCGGACUUGUGCAUAUCAGACUCGAUGAGAGCCCGGCAGCCUGA